AUGGAGCUCGCAUUUUUUCCGCAGCUCCUCUGCGGACUCCGCCAGCUCAUUUAUUACCACCUUGACAAUGAUCUUCUGGAGAAUGCAAACUUCCUCGCUGGGCGCUUACAUGCCCUGCUCCCGCGGAGCGAGGAUGCCGCCCAUCUCCUUGCGCUGACGUACUUCCGGAUGCGCCGCUACCGAAUGGCGUACGAUUAUUCACAAAAGCAUGCCCUCUCUGGUCGACACUUAGGCUGCGCAUAUAUCUUUGCGCAAGCAUGUCAAGAGCUAGGGCGAAAUACAGAAGGCAUAUCGGCUUUGGAGAAGUCAAGAGCUCACUGGGCAGGCAGAAGUGAUUGGAAUCAAUAUUCGGAAACCUCGAGGCGGUAUCUACCGGACGCGCCGGCGGUGCUGACGCUGCUCGCAAAGCUCUGGCGCGCUCAAGGGGACUCCAAAAAGGCGGCGGAUUGUUUUGUGGAGGUGCAUAAAUUGAACCCGUUCGUCUGGGAAGCUUUCGAAGGAUUAUGUGGGUUGCGCGCAGAUUUGAAGGUUGACCAAAUGUUUCGAACAUCGGCCGGCUCUACCAAUGCUGCGCCCGUCAAUGUGGAUGAUACUUCUGUUGUGCAGAUGUCACGGCAACCUCUUGCGCCCCAGUACAACUAUGGCCCGAGCAACCCUGGAAGGUCAACCCUGUUUCCAGCGACUUCGAAGGCGAAUCAUGUCUAUGACGAAGGCGAUAUAUUUGCGCCGACCAUCAAGCCGCAAUCUAUAUUGUCUGUUGAUUCCGCGCCAUCGCCGUCGGACUGGGACACACCGAUUACUGCAAUGACCACAAUGGACGACGUGUCGAUGGGAGGCACCGUGACUGAGAACGAUGAUGUCUUCGGGGAACCACCAGCCGCUCCGCCACGGAAAGCUCGAGGUGGAUUGCAGUUUGAUAACGUCGAACGGCAACGACAGCCUACACUUCGUACAGGCCACACUCAGACUUCAUCAGAGGGCAUGCACGACACAGCUGCGCGAUUUAGGCUUGGCGCCGGUGCGCAGAAACGAACAUUAUCUGGGCAUAGCACAGCUCAAGCUGGCCUUGACGCUCUGGCACAGCCGCGAAGAAGCAAUAGAAUUGUCGGCUCUCAAGCUCCCUCCGCGAGAUUGCCCAGGUCGAUAGCAGAAUCAACAGCAUCUACAGCGGGUCGAUCCGAUCGUUAUGAGCGAUCACAGAAGCAAGUCACUGAAGUCAGACCACGUGGAAUCGUAGGUCGCGUGGUGAGCGGAAAUCGUAAAAUGAUGCCUUUGGAAGAACGCGAAAAGGAGAAGCGUGCACCAAGUCGAGCAAGCGAGAAAAGCAGUACAGCUUCUGGGGUCACUUCUGCAGCUGGCAGACGACCUGUCGUGGUAGCGAGUAACAGCAUAAGUGUCGAAGAGGAGGCGACCAACACUUUGCUGAACGAUUUCAAGGCACUCGCAAUCGGCUAUCACGCUGCGUCUCGAUUCGAAUCAUUCUCGGCAGCAAGAGCAUUCAAGGCGCUACCAAACUCUCAAAAGGACAGCCCUUGGGUUCUCUCUCAACUGGCCAAGACAUAUUACGAAUCCGGUGACUUCAAGAAUUCAGAGGAGUACUUCGUGCGCCUCCUCAAAGCUCAGCCGUCGCGAGUCGAGGAUAUGGAAGUAUACUCUACCGUUCUUUGGCAUCUCAAAAAGGAGUCUGCGUUGUCCUUCUUGUGUCAAGUGCUGCGCGACCAGGCUUUCGAUGCACCUCAGACCUGGGUGGCUAUAGGCAAUGCCUUCUCCCUCUCCCGCGAACACGACCAAGCUAUCUCAGCAUUCCGACGCGCCACGCAAUUGGACGACAACCUGGCGUAUGCAUGGACGCUCAUGGGUCACGAGUACAUCGCCAAUGAAGCCUACGAUUCCGCGAUUGGCGCUUUCCGCAAAUCUGUCGCCGUGGAUCGCCUGGGUUACGCUGGCUGGUACGGCCUUGGGAAAUCGUACGAGCGCAUGCAAAAGCUCGAGGACGCCGAACGGCACUACCGAAUCGCGAUGACGCUCAACCCGACCAACAGUACAUUACUGGUGUGUGUGGGUGUCGUGCUCGAACGUCUUCAGAACCGCCACGCCGCGCUCGCGCACUACAGCAAGGCCUUGGAAUUGACGCCACAUAGCUCUCUCGCGCGAUUCAAAAAGGCGCGCGUGCUGAUGCAUUUGAAGCAAUACGACAUGGCCUUGCGCGAUCUGGAAGUGUUGAAAAGUCAGGCGUCAGAUGAGGCGAACGUGUGGUUCUUGCUGGGUAAAUGCUACAAGGGUAUGGGAAAUCGCAGCGGUGCCCUGCGCGCUUUGACGACGGCGCUGAAUCUUGAUGUCAAGGCCGCGCCGUUCAUCAAAGAGGCCAUCGAAGCUCUGGACGACGAUGUUGAAGACGGAGAUGACGACUCGGAUGACGACUGA